AUGCCAGUUUCUGCACUCAUAAGAGACAAUCGAGAAUGGAAUUUUGAACUGUUAAAUGAAUUUUUUCAACCAAUAGAUGUGGAAAAAAUUUUGACCAUUCCUUUAAGUUUCUUUGCCGAUCAAGAUAGGUUAAUAUGGCACCAUUCUACAUCUGUUUCUUACAAUGUAAAAUCAGGAUUUCAUUUGGCCACACAAUUGGAAGAUCAGCUGCAAUCUUCUUCUUCAGAUGCAAACCGAGACUGGUGGAAGUUCUUCUGGAAUUUAUCUUUGCCACCAAAAAUUCGAAUCUUUGCUUGGAAAGUUAUCCAACAUAUUCUUCCUGUAGCUGCUGCUCUUUUUAAGCGGAAAAUCAUUGAUUCAUCUACUUGUUCUCUUUGCACAUCAAGUUGGGAGUCAAUAGGACAUGCCCUUUUUGGUGGUCAACAUGCCAAGAAUAUUUGGAAGGAGUCAAAAUUCACAAUAGAUUUCCAUAAAGCACAGUCCAUGUUUAAUGGAGACUACCUGCACCAUCUUUCGGCAGUUUAUAGUCACGAAGACUUUGAGCUUUUCAUAUGUUUGAUGUGGGGUAUUUGGACUGACAGAAACAGAGUUUUUCAUGGUGGACAAGCACGUAAGAGUUUUUCCAUAAUUGCCUAUACCACAGGGUUUCACCGUGACUUCAGCCGGGCCAAGAAAUUCACCAUACCAGCUGCUGCUGCUGCAACAGAGCAGUCACUCCCACACCAGACUUCCAAGCAAUCGGCCUUCCAGUAG